GCGGCGCAGCAGUGCAGCAGCACCAAGCGUGAGGAAUCAUGGUGGGCUCGGCAGAAGGGUCGGGGUCUGGGGAGCUUCCUGUCGGCAUGUGUUUCUACUCUUUCAUGUUCGACGACCAGCAUUUGCUGCCCGGGUACGUAAAGGCGGGGAAGCUCCCCGCUCCCUCGUCGCUCGUGCUGGGCAUGGCCAUGGGCGUGGUCCUGACUGGCGCUAGGCUCGCUCUGGACAUGAUCGUGUUCAAGCCACUGGCGAGGAGUAUCCUGGGCUUCCCUCGCAGGCAAAACCGCGCCAUACCCGCCCUAGACCACCUCUGUGCCAAGUCCAAGCUACUGUCGCCUGAAGAGGUCGCGCAAGCGUCGGCGUCGAGCGGUCUCUCCCAGGAGGAGGUGAAGACCUACGCCAAGGGGCGACGGCUCUCGGCCCUGGAAGACAAGAAGGUCGGCAAGUUCAAGGAGGCGGCGUGGCGGCUGGUGGUGUACAUGUCCCUGGUUAUCUACGGGCUACGGGUUGCUUCCGGCAAGCCGUGGUUCAAGGACCCAGAGCUCGUAUGGGAAGACUGGCCGCUGGGGAACGGCAUGGAUGGGCUGGACCAGUUCUACCACGUGGCGAUGGGGGUGUACUGGCACUUCAUAAUAUUCCAGUUUUGGGACACGAGACGGUCUGACUUCGCGCAGAUGCUGGUCCACCACGUGGCCACCAUCUCCCUGCUCACUUUCUCGUGGCUGCUCAGUCUGGUGCGUAUUGGCGCCCUGAUCAUGCUUUGCCACGACGUGGCCGAUAUCUUCAUGGAGACCGCCAAGCUCUUCAACUACUCGCAAAAGCGCUACCACUGGUGCCAUCUGGCGGCCGAUGGCUUUUUCUUCGUCUUCGCCGGCGUGUUCGGGUUCUCGAGGCUGUACAUCUUCCCCAAGUACCUCGUUCUGAGCGUGUGGCGGGCAGCCGUCCUGAGCGAGGUGAUGAGGCACUUCUUCACCGGGCAGCUGUGCACGCUGCUCGUGCUGCACGUGUUCUGGUUCUACCUUAUCAUGCGUAUGGUGUACAUGUUCGUCUUCCACGGGGUCGAGGAGGACAUUCGCAGCGACAACGAAGAGGAGGAGGAGGCUGCCGCCAACGGUAGCGAGAAGAAAGCCGUUGAGAACGGAAAACCUCCCGCGUACGGGGGAGGCCGACGGAACGCCGGAAAGAAGAGCAAGACCACGUGAUGUGAUGGGGGGAUGAUUU